AGGAGGAAGGGGGGGCUGAAUUCAGCAUUCAGAAAAAUUAAGCACGAAUUAAAAGAUUAAAUUGUUGAGUCAUCAAGUCUAUAUAAGCGCUUUAUGGAUGCUGAUCAUUAACCUUGUGCAUAAUGUAGCUUCCCGUUUAUUCUCAUUCUUUGUGUAUUUUAUUGUUCAUAAUUUGUUGACAUAUGACUUCAUUCCACAUUUGUGCAUUGGACAUGUUUACCACGUGUAGUGUCUGUGGUAUUUAAUACUGACUGUAAUGUUACACUGUACUGUGGAUGAGUUUUAGGUUUAGAACUGCUGACGUCUCACUUGAUCCAUUGCCACGUGACAUAGGAUGGAAUUAUUAGUUACCAGUAAAUGACCCAGAUCUAUUUCCAUCCUGUUGGCUUAUAACCACAUUUUGACAAGGAUGCAAACCAGAAGCAUCUUCAAAGUUUCAGGGUCUGUGUGCUUGACACAAGCUGUAGAGCUGGAUUUGGAUUUCACGUUUCCCCCAAUGCAACUCAAUGGUAUCUCAUGUAAGACUUUACUUGGUUAAUGUCUUUACGUCCAGUUUAUAACACAGACUUUAUAAACAUACAUCUUCCAAGCCCAAUCGUGUAGCUAAAAAUAACAAUGCAAAUUUGCUUAUAUUGUCGAUGUAGGUGUAUGAGGAUGUCUAAAUAUACACAUAGCCUUAUAUUUAAUUAUUAUUAUAUAGUAUUUAUUUAUUAUUUUAUUUAUUUAAUACAAUAUAGAGCACAGGAAAACAAUGUGUUUACAUAUAAUAGUAUAAUUAUAAGAUAAUUAUUAAUUCAUGAAUAAUAGAGAAGGGUUGAUAUUAUAAAUCAAAGCUGAGAUGAUUGCAGAUGACAGACAGCUGCCUCCAGAGUCACACACGACGCUUCACAUCUGUCUGGAUGGGUCGAGUACUAAAUUAAAUCCUCGUGAGUGAAGUCAAUUACACAAGAGUCAGGUUGCUUUUACAUUCAUAGAGUACAGUUUUAUAUAAUAAAAAUAAAUAAUUAGCAAACAAGUCAAUAUUUCCCUUACACUUCCUCAAAAUAUUGAUACCCGACAAACGAGGCGGAGUCAGAUGUCACUCUCAUGCUAAAUCUCUGAUGCCCCGUUAGGCCCCGCCCAUUUGUUUGAAACCCCAACAGCGCCAAACCUCCGAGUCUGAAGAUGAGCGCAGAUUUUAGCGCAGAGCCGCAAUGGAGAAGAGUUCACACGGUGACCGGGGUGGUGCCGCGGUCCAGACACGGACACCGAGCCGCAGCCAUACGGGAGCUCAUCGUCGUGUUCGGCGGUGGAAACGAGGGGAUAUCUGAGGACCUCCAUGUUUACAACACGGUCUCCAAGCAGUGGUUCCUCCCCGCUGUGAGAGGGGACAUCCCACCAGGCUGUGCUGCCCACGGCUUCGUCUGCGAGGGCACUCGAAUACUGGUGUUUGGCGGCAUGGUGGAAUUCGGCAAAUACAGUAGCAGCCUCUACGAACUUCAGGCCAGUCGCUGGCUGUGGAAGAAGCUGAAGCCCAGAGCCCCCAGGAAUGGCUUGCCUCCCUGCGCUCGGAUUGGACACAGUCUUACUCUUGUGGGCAAUAAGUGCUACCUGUUUGGAGGCCUGGCCAAUGACAGUGAAGACCCCAAUGGCAACGUACCAAGGUACAUGGGUGACCUUUAUGAGCUGGAGCUGCAGGCGGCAUCAGGUGUGCGAGGCUGGAGCAUCCCAGAACCAAAAGGUGGCGGUCCUUCAGCACGGGAGUCUCACAGCGCAGUGGCUUAUGUUGGCCUCAGCUCGCCGAAGCUCUACAUCUUCGGAGGAAUGCAAGGAUGUCGGUUAGACGACCUCUGGCAGCUUGACCUUGAAACAAUGGUUUGGUCAAUGCCCGAAACAAAGGGUUCCAUGCCACUUCCCAGAAGCCUUCACUCUGCCAGUGUAAUCGAAAACAAGAUGUACGUGUUUGGAGGCUGGAUUCCUGUUCCGGAGCCGGACAAACACAACGCUUCAGAAACCAAAUGGAUCUGCACCAACUCUUUAAGUGUGCUUAACUUGGAGACGAUGAACUGGCAGAACAUAGGACCAGAGGAGCAAGAUGAAAUUGAGUCCCCGCUGCAGAGUCAGGGACCUCAGAGUGACGACACGUAUGCUUGUAGGCCCAGAGCCAGGGCCGGCCACUGCGCAGCCGCCGUCGGAUCCAGGCUUUACAUUUGGAGCGGACGCGACGGAUACCGCAAGAGCUGGAACUACCAGGUCUGCUGCAAGGAUCUCUGGUACCUGGAGACUGCACGACCAGCAUCCCCAGAGGCAGUGUUACUUGUCAAAUCCACCGUCAGCAUGCUCCAUGUGGCUUGGCGCCCCCUGGCUGCAGUAGACUGCUACAUCCUUCAGAUGCAACCUGUGUGUCCUAACACUGCGUCCAGCAGUACGUGUGACAAACCAGGGGAGCCCACACCAACAGGUGGACAAGAGGGGAAGAACAAAGAUCCUAAAGGAGUCCAGUCUAUUCAAACUGAAACUGAAGGAACCACAAACGGACAAGAGAAGGCUUCAAGUCAGGUUGCUUCAGUGCAGCAGGAAACUGUGGUGAAAUCGUCCGGUGGCUCAACACAGACACAAACACCAGGAGGGAAGAGUGAUGCAGGGAGAGGCGCAGACAUUUCAGAGACAAAGAGCGGCUCUGCUGCUGGACAGGAGAAAUCCGCAACAGAGGUCCACAGCUCAGCUCAGCCCCUGUCAGAUAAACCUGUUUCUACUGAUAAGACUUCUGAUUUCUACGGCCAUGCAGAUCAGCAGAGUCCAGAAGAAGCAGCAUGGUUCGAUGUUGGUGUGUUUAAAACACUCUACUCUGAGGUCAACCACUACUUUCUACCCGACGAUGGUAACCAGGUGACUGCAGCUGUCAGCAGCCGGCCUCCGAACACUAAAGAGGCUUUUCUACAGAGGAAGCAGCCGGGGCCUCAGGACUACCAGGGCCGAGAGAAGCAGGAGCUCACUCCAGGUCAGACCUACAGGUUCAGAGUUGCAGGCAUCAACUGCUUUGGUCUAGGAGACUUCAGCCCAGUCAGCGAGUUCAAGACCUGUCAACCUGGUUUCCCUGGAGCGCCCUCUGCUGUCAAGAUCACAAAGGCCAAUGACUCAGUCCACAUCACGUGGGAGCCUCCGUCCUCUCCGUCGGGCCGCAUCCUGGAGUAUUCCAUGUACAUGGCUGUGAGGAAAAGCCGCUCCACUUCUUCUGAGCGCCCUGGUCAGUUGGCUUUCAUCAGGAUCUACAGGGGAACCAAGACUUCCUGCUCCAUCAGCUCCACCCAGCUGGUCAACGCCCACAUCGACUGCUCAGCCUCAAACCGUCCAGCUGUCGUCUUCCGCAUCGCUGCCAAGAACGAGCAGGGCUACGGCCCGGCCACGCAGAUCCGCUGGAUCCAAGAUCCCAUUAAAUUGCGACCAUCUGCAUCCAAAGCAGACAUAAGUGCGGAGGCUGGCAGAGAUGCUGCUGACAGCUCCAGCUGAGAAAGUUAGAUCCUGUGAUGUUUGAAAAAGACGGCUCUCAGGAAGGUGGUCAUGGCACUCGGAUGUUAUUGAUGUCUUAGAUAGUUUUGUUAAUUUAUUUUUUUAUGUAUUUAAUUCGUCCCCUGUAAAUAUAUAUAUAUAUAUAUAUAUACACAUUCCCAGAAGCCUCACUCGACUAUUUUACCUAACAACUGUUUUGUUAUGUAAAAAUGAUGUGAUAUGAUCAGAGUUGAACAAGCACCAAUAUUUUUUUGUAUUGAUUAUUUAAAGCUCUGUUAACAUUGGAGGUGCCUUAUUUCCUGUUUCACCACACACUCACACGUCACAAUUGUGAAUACAACACCAGUGGGGAGAGGUUUUCAGCACCAGUGCACACCAGUGUUUUGUAAGUGGGGACCACUUUUAAAAUCCUUAUCAAAGCCAGCCAGGUUUGAUAACGAAAUGUUGUUUUAUAAGCAGACAUUUUGGUUCAAGAUAUUUGUGAAUGUGUUUUCCAUUGUAAAUGGCUGCAUCGCUGCAAAGGAUCUGUAUACACGCAUCACAUAUCUGCAUUUCAUUUCUUGGUUUAUGAUGUGUGUCAUCUUUUUUCCAUUAUUGUUGUCAGAUAGUUUUUCUUAGGGUGAUAUAUCACUAUCAGAUAAUCUAGUAUCACUUUUGACUUCAAAUUAUAAGCACAGCUUUACUCUAAUUUGUGAUAUUAAAGCUAAUGAUAACACUUUUAAACAGAAAACUUCCUGGAAGAGGUGUAACUAUUGUCCUCCAUUUGUUCAGGACUCAGUGUUCAAGACCUUUUUCAGAAUCAGAAAUACUUUUAUUAUUAGGGUUUAGCUAAACAAAUUUGAAUGAUAUAUACAGACAAUGACAAACAGAAAUACUAAAUAUAGGAGAAGUUAUACAAUAAAAAAACUUGUGAAUUAUAUUACAAUAUACAAAAGCAAGCUGAAGGAGAACAUGUAAAAAUAUAAUGUAUACAACAGAAGAUCUCAUUGUAAAUGAAGGUGUAAUGUGCUGACAUGGUGGAAUAGGUGCAGGGCCAUUGACUUACAAAAAAAAGACAGUGUUGCACUACUUUCUCUCGAUAAAUUGUUAUGAAAA